AAUACAAUGUUUUGUCUCAGUUAUAUGGAACUCCAGAAUCUAACAGGUAUCUCAGAAUUCCUCCUCCUGGGUCUCUCAGAGGAUCCAGAAUUGCAAGCCCUUCUCUUUGGGCUCUUCCUAUCCAUGUACCUGGUCACUGUGCUUGGGAAUCUGCUCAUCAUUCUGGCCAUCAGCUCUGACUCUCACCUCCGCAUCCCCAUGUACUUCUUCCUCUCCAAUCUGUCCUUGGCUGACAUUGGUUUCAUCACCACUACAGUCCCCAAGAUGCUGGUGAACCUCCAGGCUCACAGCAAAUCCAUCACCUAUGCAGGCUGCCUAACUCAGGUAUCCUUUUUUUUCCUUUUUGGAUGUUUGGACAGUCUCCUCUUGGCUGUGAUGGCCUAUGACCGGUUGGUGGCUAUCUGUCACCCCCUACACUACACAGUCAUCAUGAAGUCACGUCUCUGUGGCAUAUUGGUCCUGGUAUCAUUUUUCAUCAGCCUUUUGGACUCUCAGAUUCAUUGCUUGAUGGUAUCACAACUUAUCUUCUGCACAGAUGUGGAAAUCCCUCAUUUCUUUUGUGACGUUCCUCAGCUUUUCAACCUUGCCUGUUCUGACACCUCCACCAAUAACAUAGUCAUAUUUUUUGUUGGGACCAUCUCUGGUUUUCUCCCUAUCUCAGGAAUUAUUUUCUCUUACUAUAAAAUUGUUUCCACCAUUCUGAGAAUCUCAUCAUCAGGUGGGAAGUACAAAGCCUUCUCCACCUGCGGCUCUCAUCUGUCAGUUGUUUGCUUAUUUUAUGGAACAGGCCUUGGAGUGUACCUCAAUUCCACUGUCUCAUCUUCCUCUAGGAAGAGUGCAGUGGCCUCUGUGAUGUAUACUGUGGUCACCCCUAUGCUGAACCCCUUCAUCUACAGCCUGAAGAACAGGGACAUCAAGAGUGUCUUAUGGAGGAUUGUCAGCAGAAGCUCCUAA